CCACGCCAAGUUGGGAUGAUCGCAAGGUUAGGAAUAGAAAUGAAUGGAAGUUUGUCAACGCAAGAUCAGAACGGCUUCACUUUUGAGAGAGACUGCUUGAGUGAAAUGUGACUAUCCAUCCCACCCUUUCCUUCGUCCUCCCCCGUCACUUCUCUUUCCUUCUUCAAACCAUUUCGUGAACACUCACUCUGCCCACAUUAUCCAUCACAUACUAGUACUCAUUUCUCUACAACCCGGUACUUUCAUCAUCUCCGCUCGAAUCCGAGCUCGAAGGUGCCUUUAUUCCUUUCGUUGCUAUUCAAGCACACCACGCGCGCUUGCUGGUCAAGCAGUCUUGGUUGUGAGCAAGCAUCUGCAACAAACACAAACUCACUCCAACACACACCUGUUGCUGCCUCACUGCAAGUAACUCGCAAGCCACAUUGCACAAAAUUCAUUCAACCAACCUUGACAGAGCUUUCCACCCUGUCAAUCAUGUCUUCACCAGGCCACGCCGCCUUGGUCGAGCCAGCUGAACCAAAGGAUUGGAUGUACAAGCCGAAGACCUCCUCAUUUUGGCUUGGCAAGAGUAAAGAAGCCCAGCAGUGGAUGCAAACCCACUGGGAUGUUCUCAACGACAAAGAAAAGAUUGUUUGCCGUGAAGGCUUCCUCAAGAUGCAAAGCAAGAGCGAAACCAACAUCACGCCAUCGUCUUCCACUCUCGGCAGGUGGUUGAAAGAACAAACCUCCCCCAUCGCGCUGAGCAUCGCUCGCUGCGUCUGGGAUGUUGAGAAGCUGGAGAACUUUGCCCCUUGCAAAGAGCUGAUGGACCGCCACACCAACAUACGGUUCGCCAACGACCGCUGGCUCAAGUCCCGCGGCAAGAAGACGGCGCAGCCAACAAACGGCGUCAUCGCAUCGAGCAGUAACAACCAGGGAAGCGACGAAGUCAUGGAAGUCUCACCACCAGCGUCUGCCGCACAGAAGAGUCCCGUUCCCAUGCCUCAGACCGCCACUCCAAAGGACAUGAAGCAUGUUCGAUUCAACCCCUUGCAAGACCCCAGGUCGCCCAUCAAUCGCGCAUGCGCGGGGGAGAUUGUCGCUGCUGCCCAAGACAGGAAGCGAGCUGAAACUCCUGUUCCCAUUCCCGUAUUUGGCGCUCAGAAGCCAACGGUGAAUGCGCUCACUGGCACCGCGAGCUCUCAGGCCAAGAAGACGCCAGACCCUGUCGUACGAAAGCUCAACUUUGCUCAGUCCGUCAUCAAGACCACACCAAGUCUCUCGCAACGAUCAAAGUCUCAGCCGCCACUGGGAUCGUCCCCAAAGCGCCCACUUGAGCUGGACGACACCGACCAGCGCCAGGCGAACCUCAAGAAGUUGAAGGAGAGUCCCCGCCACGAGCUCGAUUACCAGGAGAUCUCGUCGGCCUCGGAGAGCUCUGAUUCCGACUUGGAGGAGAUUACUGAAGCCGAGAUGAAGAAGCCCGAGAGGAAAGAAGAGGUGAAGGUCGAAGUUGACUCUGACACCGCUCAGGAGGGCCAGGUCGAGCUCGUACAAGCCUCUACCGAGCCCCAGGAGAGCAUUGAGACAGAGCCCACUCCCCAGCGACGCACUGCCAAGGAGAUCUAUCAGCAGCACAAGAUGAUUGCCCGCCGCUUCCUGAUUGGCGAGGUCGAUCAAAAGAUUCGCAAGAUGAUGAAGACGCGAUCCGGACGCCGCCUCAGCUCUCUCUUCCGCGCUCGACGCAAGCUGGCCAAGGAUCUGAAGAAGUCUCGCCGCGGUCGGGAGAUUUCGAAUGCACUGUCGCCCCCCAGCUUUACUGACAUGGGCAUCGAUGACACGGAGCAUGACGAGCCACACCAGUUGAUGACCGUGCUGAUCCCAGAGGAAACGGAUCUUGAGGCACCUGGACCGCUGUUCUCGCCUGAACUGGCUGACACCGACAUGGUCGAUGCUGCCAAUGAAGAAGACUCUGCUGACGAAUCCGAAGAGGAAGUCCGCCUCAUUGAGCAGGCCGACACUGAACAGGAUGGCAACGCUGAGGCUGAGGAUAAUGAUCUGCCAUCGCUUGACGAGCUCAUCGAAGCUGCCCAUGUCAAUGCCAGUGGCGGCGAGAUCGAGAAAAAGCAGCUCCGAAGCCUGAGCUUGUCUGAUCUGUGCCAGCCUGAGUCGGACGCCGAGUACGACUCGUCCCCAACGUUGCAUCGAGGCAAGGCCAACCGCGCAGCGACACCGAAGUCAACCGACAACAGCGCAGCCGACAUCGAACUCCCCCCGUCCUCUCCGAACUACCACACGGCCGACGAAAAUGGCGGAGACUUCAGGCUGUACGCCAACGAUUCAGAGCCGCCGGUCAAGGUCAAGACGGAGAAGAAGCAGAAGAAAAAGAAGAAGAACAAGCACAACAAGACUGACGACCUGUCUGAGGCUUCUGCCUCCCAGACCAUCACGGAGACUGCUGCCUCUAUACCGGAGACAAUGGAGGCUGGUUCAUACGUCAAGAGCCCAGCACGUGGCACUCUUCAUCCCAGCCCCGCGAGCACCAAGGCCGAGAGGAAGGCGGAGAGGCAGCGACGCAAGGCUGACAAACUGGCCGCUGCCGCCACGAACGGCGCCUAAUGCUGGCGCAAGCAUUACCGCAUUUUCUGUCAUUUGAGCAAGAACAUGUUCUGGCUUUGUCUUAUGGAAAUUUCCUUGGUUCGUUCUUGCACGCCUGACUUUGUGUUUUCAGUUUGCUUUGAGAAAGAUGAGAGAGUGUACGCAACGAUGCGUGCCAGGAGACGACUUGAUUGCAUUGCGUUGUCUAUGAAGAACCUUGUGUGUCUUCAGUUUACUACCAGGAAGAUGAGGAAAUGUACGCACCGAUGAG